AUUUACAGCUUACUCUUGAUAUUGGCCAAAAUGAAGUCAUUAUUCUGCAUUCACGCGUAAUACUGAAAUGUUCAGGAGGAUUCUGGAAGUAUCAAAAAUGGCCUUACAAAUUUGCAAAAGCUGUUUAAAAAUACUGAUUUUGAACCGAAGCUAACUUUUGUCGGUGGCGGUAAGAUGACAGCCGCUUUAAUCCGUGGUUUUGAAUCUGCUGGUCUCAUAACUAAGAAUGACGUUGCCCUCAGUGUUAAAACACCAUCAUCCGCACAGCGAUGGAAGCAGUUGGGUUAUGUAAAUGUCUACACGUCCAAUGAUGACCUGAUUCGAGCUCAUGGUCAAGGAAUUGUUUUUUUGUCGGUAAAACCAGAGAUGCGCAUGGCAGUGUUGGAAGAACUGAGCAAUGAGGCAUUUGCAAAUACUCCAUUAAUUGUCUCUAUCAUGGGUGGAGUUGACUUAAAGACAUUAGAGAAAGAAGUUGUGGCCAAAAGUUAUGUCUCAAAACGUGGACUAGUGCGUCUAAUGCCAAAUCUUCCGGUUAGUGUAUGCUCUGGUGCAUCAAUCAUGUGUUCUAGCUUAUCCCUGCAGCAAGAAAAGAUUGAUUUAAUCAACUGCAUCAUGCAACAUGUUGGUAUUUGUUCGGUAAUCAGUGAAAAAUCAUUUGAUGCAGCUACAGCAAUCGCUGGAUGUGGACCUGCUUUUGUGUUCGUGGCAAUCGAAGCAUUGUCAGAUGGGGGUGUCCUUGGUGGUGUUGACCGAACAACUUCAGUGAAAUUAGCUGCCCAAACUGUUAUGGGAGCGGCAAGAAUGGUUCUAGAAGGGAAUGAACAUCCAGCUGCUUUAAAAGAUGACGUUUGCUCUGCUGGUGGUAGUACAAUAUACGGAGUGAAAGAGUUAGAAAAAAAUGGUUUUCGCUCGGCAUUGAUCGAAGCAGUAUGUGCUUCAACAAAACGGAGUUCAAGACAGGUUUAGAAUUUGGCUUCCACCAGCAGUCUACUUUUCGUAGGGUCCACCAUAUUCUCUCACUUCUUUUUUGCAGUCUUAAAGACUUUUGGUUGAUUCUUAUAAUACAUUGCAUUCAAGGCACCAAGAAUUGCACAAUUAAUGUUGAUUGGACAUACUUUUCCGUGCUUUUUUAUUUCAACUACUAUAUUUACUUUGUAUACAUGUUUAUAACCAUGGUCAUGUAAUUGUUGGUUCAGGUUUCGUAUUAUUUGGAAAUUUAGAUGAAUAUUCAACUGUUGCAAUAAACAAAAGAAAUCUUUUUUCUACUACCUUUUUUUUCACUAGCUUGAUUUGGACUACUGAGGUAUUGUGCACAACAUUUAGUUUCAAAUGAGAGAUGUAAAUUUUUGAAGGCACCGAUAUAAAGCAAGAAUAAUUGGAUGAUUUCAUGUUUUUACUGGCCUACUGUGCGCUCGAGAUAUUCUAUCUCUGCGCUCUUUUUUAAUUUCUUGUCACUGACUGGUGUCCAAGUUUAUGGUUUUCCUAUAUCACAUUUAUUUCCAGUUAUCCCAACUUAUCACCUCGCUACCUGUUGCACUUUUAUUAUUUUUACAAAUACUUUGUGUUGUUUUUGGACUUGUUUCAUGCCUAUAUAUUCAAUUGUUUCUGCCAGUGAUACUACUAACAAUUCUGAGAAUGCAUAUAUAGGCUUCUGAACUAUUAUUAAAUCUGCUUUCGGUUAAAUUGCUUUGGUGUUUCAUAUGUGAUUUAUUCAGAUUCAAGUUCUUCUCAGAUGAUUGUUCUGCUGAAUCCACAGUUACUGAGAGUGUGUAGAAAAUUAUUAAUAAAUCUUAUAUACCGG